GGCUCACAGAAUGUCUGCGUGUUGCGUACUCUUCAAUCCUUAGGCAGAUUCGCUCUGACAAAACGGUGAAUUCUGGCGGGGCAGCUUCUCUAGCGGCUUGCCUCUGCUCUGCAAUCGGAUCUCUUCAUUCCUCCCUCAUAUUUUCAGUCGGAGCUACGAUCAGGCGGCUUUGAGGAACAGUUGUGAUUGGUGGCCAGAACCUAUACUUAAGCAAUCAUCCAUUCAUUCGCAGUGAACUAGAAAGAAGAAAAUAGUGAAGAGACUGAAAAGCAAAAAUGUCAGGCAAUAAUAUUGAGGAUGUAAAGGAGAAGGAGCUUACAGAUAAGACGCUUAAUAAUCAAGAUGGCGGCGACAGUUCCCUGGACGAGCUUAAAGCUUUGGAUAAAAGUGAUGAGAAUCUCAUGCCUUCACCACAGCAGGAAGAGGAAAUAAUCAAGAAAAAGUAUGGGGGACUAUUACCCAAGAAGCCUCCACUGAUAUCCAAGGAUCAUGAACGUGCUUUUUUUGAUUCUGCGGAUUGGGCAUUGGGAAAGGAAGCCCAAAAGCCCAAAGGACCCCUUGAAGCACUCCGCCCAAAGUUGCAGCCCACACCACACCAGCAAGUUCGUUCAAGGCGCUCAGCUUAUGCUCCUGCUGAUGAUGGUGGUGAAGUCGAUGAUGGCAACAAUAAUACCAUUUCUUCAGAGGACCACGGUAGCACAUUUGAUGGUGGCGACAAUAACAAUUACAUCUAUGAUGGUGGCAACAAUAAAAGUACUGAUUCAAAGGAUCAGAUCUGCCCCGAGUAGCUGUUAUGUGCUGUAAUUUAUAUCUGACCAAGCUGCACUUGAAUAUGAAGUUAGAAGCUGAUAUCAGACCUUUUUGUGCUUAAGAAAAUAAGUAAAACAUACCAAAUUUUGCAUUA